AUGGAGCUGCUCGAUCCCGCGACCGGCGCCGCGCUGCCGCCCGACGCCAUCCAGCGCGUCCUCUUCGUCGCCCCGCGCGUGCACGUCUACGCCAUCCCGCCUCUGACCUCUAUGCGCGGCCACGUCGCCUCCUCCUGGACCUCGGAGAUUUUUUCCGCGCGCGCGCGCAUCCUCGAGACCUCCUCCUCCUCCUCCUCCUCCUCCGGUGACGGUGGUAGCUCGAUAAAGGUGGACGUGGUGCUGGAGGACCCGGCGACCGGCCAGCUCUUCGCGGCCGCGCCGUACGCGGACCCCGCGGUGGUCGAGCCCGCCACGGACAGCUCCCGGUUCUUCGCGCUGACGGUGCGCGAUCCGCAGGGAAGGAAGGCGACGCUCGGGAUCGGGUUCGAGGAGAGGCCGGAGGCGUUUGACUUUGCGGUCGCGCUGCAGGAGGCGCGCAGGGCGCUGGGCCUGGAGGCGGCGGCAGCUGGGGGGCGGGAGCGACAGCGAAGCGGCGCGGAUGGGAAGACGGAGGAGACAGCACCGGCGAAGGACUACAGUCUGAAGGAGGGCGAGACGAUCACGGUUAACAUCGGGGGCAAGUUUGGCCGCAGGAGACAGCAGCAGCAGCAGCAGCAGCAGCAGCAGCAAGAGGAAGGGGAGGCUGGUGCGAGCUUGCAGUCUUUUGCGCUUGCGCCGCCGCCGCCUCCGCCGUCGUCAUCAGCGUCGUCGUCAGCGGCGGAGGCGAGCAAGUCGGAAGGAAGUGGUGGCUUUGCGUUGCCGCCGCCGCCGAGUGCCCAGGACGUCAAGUCGAAGCGCAAAUCGCUCCUGGCCAUGGGCUUUGACGACGGGCAAUUCGGAGAGUUUGCCUAG